GCGUCCCUCUGUCCAUAGUCCCAGCGCUUCUGCUCGCGCCCGGUGCCACCGGGCGUCGGUUCCCUCGGCGCCGCCAUGAAGUCCCGCAGGGAGAAAUUGCUGAUCCCCGCGCUGACGCUCGAUCUGUCGCCGAGCAGCCAGAGCCCCUGCCUGCUGAGCCCCGGCAGCCCGUGCAGCCCGUGCAGCCCGUCGCUGGGCCUGCAGCCCUGGAGCUGCCGCAGCGGUAACCGAAAGAGCUUGGUUGUGGGGACGCCCUCGCCCACCAUCUCCAGGCCGCUGUCACCACUCUCUGUCCCAACCGCAGGUAACAGCCCCUUGGACAGUCCUCGGAACUUCUCUGCUGCAGCGGCCCUCAACUUCCCCUUUGCCCGGAGCCACCUCUCCCAUGGUGACAGGGCUGACGGCAGAAGAUGGUCGCUUGCGUCUCUCCCGUCCUCCGGCUAUGGGACCAACACUCCCAGCUCCACCGUGUCGUCAAGCUCCUCUUCCCGGGAACGUCUACACCAGCUUCCCUUCCAGCCCACUGCGGACGAGCUGCGCUUCCUGUCCAAGCACUUCCGCAGCUCCGAGAGCGUGGUGGACGAGGACGGCGGCCGCUCCCCGCGGCUGCGGCCCCGCUCGCGCAGCCUCAGCCCUGGACGCACGUCGGGGACCUUCGACAACGAGAUUGUGAUGAUGAACCACGUGUACCGGGAGCGCUUCCCCAAGGCCACUGCGCAGAUGGAGGGCCGGCUGCAGGACUUCCUGGCAGCAUUCGCCCCCGGCGACCGCCUGGCCCUGGCUGACGGAGUCCUGGGCUUCAUCCACCACCAGAUUGUGGAGCUGGCACGGGACUGCCUAGCCAAGUCGGGCGAGGCCCUGGUCACCUCCCGCUAUUUCCUGGAGAUGCAGGACAAGCUGGAGCGGCUGCUGCAGGAUGCUCACGAGCGGUCCGACAGCGCCGAGGUGGGCUUCAUCGUGCAGCUGGUCCGCAAGCUGCUCAUCAUCAUCUCGAGGCCCGCGCGGCUGCUCGAGUGCCUGGAGUUCGACCCUGAGGAGUUCUACCACCUGCUGGAGGCUGCGGAGGGCCAGGCCCGCGAGGACCAGGGCGUGAAGACUGAUCUGCCGCGCUACAUCAUCCGCCAGCUGGGCCUGGCCAAGGACCCGCUGGAAGAGAUCCAGCCUCUGAAUGACCUAGAUGAAGACCAGUCCCCAGCUCCUGGACACCCUGAGAGCCAAGGCCUGGGCGGUCCGUCCCGGAGGAAGCCGUGUGAGAGCGACUUUGAGACCAUCAAGCUUAUCAGCAAUGGAGCCUAUGGGGCCGUCUACCUGGUGCGCCACCGGGAAACGCGGCAGCGCUUCGCCAUCAAGAAGAUCAACAAACAAAAUCUGAUCCUGCGCAACCAGAUCCAGCAGGUGUUCGUGGAGCGCGACAUCCUCACCUUCGCCGAGAACCCCUUCGUGGUCGGCAUGUUCUGCUCCUUCGAGACCCGCCGCCACCUCUGCAUGGUCAUGGAGUAUGUGGAAGGAGGCGACUGUGCGACACUACUGAAGAACAUGGGCCCGCUGCCUGUGGACAUGGCGCGCAUGUACUUCGCAGAGACGGUGCUGGCGCUGGAAUAUCUGCACAACUACGGUAUCGUGCACCGCGACCUCAAGCCUGACAACCUGCUCAUCACCUCCCUUGGCCACAUCAAGCUGACGGACUUCGGCCUGUCCAAGAUCGGCCUCAUGAGCAUGGCCACCAACCUGUACGAGGGUCACAUCGAGAAGGAUGCCCGAGAGUUUGUGGACAAGCAGGUGUGUGGGACGCCCGAGUACAUUGCUCCCGAGGUGAUCUUCCGCCAGGGCUAUGGGAAGCCGGUGGACUGGUGGGCCAUGGGUGUCAUCCUGUAUGAAUUCCUGGUGGGCUGUGUGCCGUUUUUCGGGGACACGCCUGAGGAACUGUUCGGACAGGUGGUCAGUGAUGAGAUCAUGUGGCCAGAGGGAGACGAGGCACUUCCCGCUGAUGCCCAGGAUCUCAUCACUAGGCUUCUGCGCCAGAGCCCAAUGGACAGGCUGGGAACUGGGGGCACCCACGAGGUGAAGCAGCACCCCUUCUUCUUGGCCCUGGACUGGGCGGGGCUUCUCAGACACAAGGCGGAGUUUGUCCCACAACUCGAAGCUGAAGAUGACACCAGCUACUUUGACACUCGCUCUGAACGUUACCGCCACUUGGGCUCUGAGGACGACGACGAGACCAAUGACGAGGAAUCUUCUACAGAGAUUCCCCAGUUUUCCUCCUGUUCCCACCGCUUCAGCAAGGUUUACAGCAGUUCCGAGUUCCUGGCCGUUCAGCCCACCCCCACCUUUGCGGAAAGGAGCUUCAGUGAGGACCGAGAGGAAGGGUGGGAGCGGAGCAUGGCAGGGGACCGUGGCCGCCGGCUGAGCGCCGACCUCCGGCUGCGGUCCUGGACAGGUGCAGCCUCCUGCCAACCCUCCUCCUCUCUGCCUGACCGGGGCCCCAGCCCGUCUCUCCUAAGCACCAUCAGCUUGGACACGAUGCCCAAAUUUGCCUUCUCUUCUGAAGAUGAGGGAGCAGGUUCAGGGCCAGCUGACCCCAAGAAGCCCGUCUUCAUCCUGGGGGAACCUGACCCUGCGCCCCCAACCACCCCAGUGACACCCAAGCCUUGCAUCCUCUCUGCUGACACAGCUGUCCUCAGCCACGCUCGCCUUCGAAGUAACAGUACGGGCGCCCGGCACUCGACUCCUCGGCCCCUGGAUGCUGGCAGAGGUCGCCGCCUGGGAGGCCCAAGAGACCCUGGGCCUGAGAAGCCCCGGGCCUGCCCUGGCGGCGGGGGCGGGGGCCGAGUGCCCAAGUCGGCCUCGGUAUCCGCCCUGUCCCUCAUCAUCACGGCAGACGAUGGCAGCGGGGGUCCCCUCAUGAGUCCCCUGUCGCCACGCUCGCUGUCCUCCAACCCCUCCUCCCGAGACUCCUCCCCCAGCCGGGACCCAUCUCCUGUGUGUGGCAGCCUGCGGCCCCCCAUCGUUAUCCACAGCUCAGGCAAGAAGUAUGGCUUCAGCCUGCGCGCCAUCCGAGUCUACAUGGGCGACAGCGACGUGUACACGGUGCACCAUGUGGUCUGGAGCGUGGAGGAGGGGAGCCCUGCGCAGGAGGCGGGACUGCGCGCCGGGGACCUCAUCACGCACAUCAACGGGGAGUCGGUCCUGGGCCUGGUGCACAUGGAUGUGGUGGAGCUGCUGCUGAAGAGCGGUAACAAGAUCUCCUUGCGCACCACGGCUCUGGAGAACACCUCUAUCAAGGUGGGGCCCGCGCGGAAGAACGUGGCCAAGGGCCGCAUGGCCCGCAGAAGCAAGCGCAGCCGCCGGCGGGAGACCCAGGAUCGGCGGAAGUCUCUGUUCAAGAGGAUCUCCAAGCCGUCUUCUGUGCUCCACACCAGCCGGAGCUUCUCCUCAGGCCUCCACCACUCCCUGUCCUCCAGCGAGAGCCUCCCUGGAUCACCCACUCACAGCCUAUCCCCCAGCCCCACCACGCCCUGCCGCAGCCCUGCGCCCGACGCCCCCACAGACUCCGCGUCCCCACCCAGCGUCUCCCCAAGCUCCAGCAGCCCUGCCUCCCCUGCCACGGGCCACACCCGUCCCAGCUCACUGCACGGCCUGGCGGCCAAGCUUGGGCCACCUCGUCACAAGAGCGGCCGCCGCAAGUCCACCAGCAGUAUCCCACCAUCCCCGCUGGCCUGCCCCCCAGUGCCCACGCCCCCGCCACGCUCGCCAUCGCCCCUGCCGGGGCACAUCCCCAUACCCGCGCGGUCCCCUAGGCUACGCCGGGGCCAGUCGGCCGACAAGCUGGGCCUGGGCACCAGUGAGCGGCUGGAUGGGGAUGGAGGCCGGCGUGGCCGGGGAGCGGAGGCCGAGCUGGUUGUCAUGAGGAGGCUGCACCUCUCUGAGCGCCGGGACUCCUUCAAAAAGCAGGAGGCGGUGCAGGAGGUGAGCUUUGAUGAGGAGCCUGGACCGCCUCGGGCAGUGCCCAAGAUCGCUGUGCAGGGUGCAGAGGGCCCUCCUGGAACCCCGGGGCCAGCCGCGAAGGACUGACUGCCAUCCCUGGCCCCAGUUCCUCACGGAGCUGUCAUUUCCACAAGGUCACAUCUGGAUGGGGUUCGGCCAUCAGCCUGGGACACACGCCUAGAGGGUGCUCCCCCACCCAGGAAGCACUGGGAUGGGGGUGCCUGUGACUUGUAAAUAGCAAGGCCUCACGACUAAUUUAUUACUUUUUAUAAGCAAUAGCCAGGCUGGCCGCCCUGGUGGAGGAGGCUGUCUGUCUGUCUGUCUUGGCCCUCAGACCCUGUUCUCUGGGCAACUUGUGUUUUCUAGUUUGUUCCGUCCUUUCCACGUAUGUGUGUGGACUGUGUGUGUCCCCUUCCCACUUCCAACCCAAGACACACCAGGGCACACAAUUCUGUUUGGACAGAGUUUGGGAGCUGGGUGUGUUGGCGCAUGCUUGUGAUCCCAGAACCAGAGAGGCUGGGAGAGGGGGCAACCAGUUCAAUGGUGGGCGCACCCUGUGUCAACAGCCUUCCUCAGGCUGGUCCUACAUUCGGCCUCUGGUCCUGCGUGCUUCGCCUUAGAGAAGUGUGGGAGCCAGGGGCUGGGUGAACAGGAGUUCUCCAGACUGGGGUGGAACAGCCCAUGACCCAGUACAGGAAGUAGCCGACAACCCUGAGGGCACCAUUACAGGGAGAGAAGUGUCCCCUGCAGGGCUGGCACUGACAGCCCACACCCCAAAACCACGUCCAUGUGGGCAGAGUCCCACCACGGCCAGCCAGGACCAUGCGAUCUCCUUGACUUCGGCUUUGCUGUGUGGUUCUGGGGGAAUGUCUUGCCUAUUCUGUGCCUGGGCUGCUGUGUUUACAAGACUAACCCCAGUGACUUGAGCACUCCCGGAUCCCCCCGCUUUGUGUGAUCCAAGCAAAUGAGCUCCAGAGGCCGGUCCCACCACGGCCCAGUGAGAGUCCAGGGUCAAGACAGGUCAUGAGGGAGCCCAGGCUAUCCCCCAUGAUGCCGUGUGAUCCAGCGUUCACCUAGCAGGGUUGCCAGUGAUGCAGCACUGCCCACCCCGUCGGGUGAGGGGAUUCCAGGCUGGAACCCGCUCUGCACCCUCCGACUCCAGCCAGCACUGCCUGCUGGAGGGACACCAAGGCUGUGCAUGACUAGCCCUCCGCCCAUCCUGGAGCUGGCACUGAAUAAAAGCCCAUGCUGACAUCCAA